UCCUACGUUGGUCUUCAUUGCUCCUCCAUCCCUCACUCUACAUCAUCGCCCAGGCAGCCUCUCAUCGCUCCUCCAUCUGCCGGGUAGCCCAUGCUUGCCACGAUGAGGGCAGCGAAGGGCGCUUGUACCUCACCCUCGGCCUCGCAGCUCACGGCUCGGUCCUCCGCUGCCGCCUCUUCUUCUCGCACGGUCGCAUUGCGAACAGCAGUGGCAGCGGUAUGGGUGCCGCAGAAGUCGCAAAGCCCUAAAGUGUUCUCUCGAUCCUACUCCGGCUCUCCUAGACUGUCCCUGCCCUCUUCCUCUCUUGCUCUUCGGGCCUCACCAGCUGCACAUGCCCGGCCGAACGGUCACAGCUCUGCCCCUCCAGCCUUCUACUCAUCGAGCUCACACGAGGCCGAGGCCCAGGCUCUCAAGGCCAUCUUCGACUCUCCCCCAUCUACGUCGCCGGAAAGUAGUGCGCACUUUCCUCUUCUUGCUUCGGCUUCUGGACUCUUUGGCUCCCCCUCUCUGCCCUCGCCAGAUGCUUUCGUUCCCCUGGCCCAGCGGACGCUCGUGAGAGCGCAGUUGCUGGUCUCGCGCAUCGUCUCAGCACCCUCGAAUGGCCAUAUAGAGAUGAUGAAAGUAGUCAAGAAUCUGGAUCGCCUGUCCGAUCUGCUCUGCAGUGUCAUUGAUCUUGCUGAGCUAGUCAGAAAUGCUCACCCAGAUGAGCAGUGGCGGGACGCCGCCAACGAAGCCUACGAGGGUCUAUGCGGAUUUAUGAAUGUGCUGAACACGCACACAGGCCUUUACGAGGUUCUGCGGCAGGUACUCCAAGAUUCUUCGCUACGAGGGAGCCUCUCUCCGGAAGCACUUUCGGUCGCCACUGUCUUCUUGAGAGACUUCGAAAAGUCCGGGAUACAUCUGCCAGACCAGCAGAGAGAGCGAUUCGUCUCCCUCAGCGAUGAGAUUCUGGUCCUUGGUCGAGCUUUCACUCAGGGUGAUGCCGGACUGGAGGGCGAGCUGCACGAGGAGGACUCUCGUCCAGUCCGCUUCAAGCGAGACUGGUUCACCAAGAUGCAUGGCAACCUUCUUGCUGCAUUAGAUGAGUCGCCUGCUCUCCUGAGUACUUCUUCUUCCGCCGACAUCAGCCUCAACCCAGCUCUGGCUACCUGGGAAUUUCCUACGAUCUUGCGCUACGCCCCCCACCCGGAGGCGAGAAAAAUCGCCUAUUACGCGAUGAAUACGUCCGGCAAAGGCAAGGUGAAGGUCUUGGAGCGAUUGCUACAGCGGAGAGGAGAGCUCGCCAGCUUGACUGGCUACAGUAGCUUCGGAGAGAUGGCUCUAGGAGACAAGAUGGCGAAGAAGUCCGAAAGCGUUGACAAGUUCCUCAAAGCACUGGAGACUCAUCAUCGUCCGGUGGCUCUGAAGAAGCUGCAAGAACUGCAGAAGCUCCGAACAAGCUCUUUUGGUGGUUCUUCAGCAUUCGAGCCAUGGGAUAGGGACUACUUCGCCGAGCAAUACACCCGUGCCCUUGCUUUCUCUUCUCCCGGAUCGCAAACACCCAUCUCACCCUUCUUCUCUGUCGGCAAUGUCUUUUCCGGUCUGUCACGGAUGCUCUCUUCGCUCUAUGGCAUCAGACUUAGACCGACGUCGAUGCAGCACAAUGAAGCUUGGAACUCUGAUAUCGUCAAGCUGGAGGUCGUUGAGGAGGAUUCGGGCAGCAUAGGCGGAGAAGCAGUGAUCGGGACGAUCUACGCGGAUCUGUUCAGUCGAGCAGGCAAGCCACCUUCAGCAGCUCACUACACUGUGCGCUGCUCUAGGCGGAUAGACGACGACGAUGGUGUGGGAGACUUUACCUAUGGCAGGCUAGAUGACGGCAGCCAGCUCGAUCCCUCACUUGGCCAGCGAGGAGGACCUGCCUCACCUCUGGAAGUGGAUGGCAAGCGCAACCCAGGGCGGGAAGGCAAGUACCAGACGCCUGUGAUUGUCUUGCUUUGCGACUUCGUCAGACCUACGGCUGGCUCUGGGCCCAGUCUGCUCGGCUGGACCGAAGUAGAGACGCUGUUUCAUGAGAUGGGUCAUGCCAUACACUCUAUGAUUGGCCGCACUGAGUUCCACAACGUCUCAGGCACCCGCUGCGCAACAGACUUUGUCGAACUUCCUUCCAUCCUAAUGGAACACUUCAUCUCCUCCUCUUCCGUCAUCUCCCUCAUCGCCCGGCACCACGCCACAGGCGCCGAGCUUCCCUACUCACAUCUCUCCAAUCACCUGCAACAAGCCAAAGCACUAGACUCACUGGAUACGCACAAUCAGAUCCUCCUCGCCCUCCUGGACCAGUCGUACCACUCUGAGCUCGCCACAGCUCCAGGUUUCGACUCCACUCACGAGCUCACCAACCUACACAGGCGCUAUGGGCUGGUCCCGACCGAUAUUCCCGGCCUAACAUGGCAGGGUCAAUUCACCCAUCUGUUUGGAUACGGUGCGACGUAUUACUCGUACCUCUUUGAUCGAGCCAUCGCCUCUCGGGUCUGGUCUAAAGUCUUCCAAGGAGAUCCGCUAAAGAGGGAGAAUGGAGAAUUGUACAAGAAUCAGGUCCUUAAGUGGGGUGGAGGAAAGGAUGGGUGGGAGAUGCUGGAGGGACUUCUCAAGGAGGAUAGACUGGACAUGGAAAGUGUGGGGAGGUGGGGGAUUGAGACCAAGUAGAUGAGCAGGGCAAAGUGGGGGAGGACAGAGGAGAUACGAGGAAUGCUCGACCGGUUUGCCCCUUGACUUAUAGAGUUCCCUUUGCAGGCGUUGCCAGCCUACAGCAAUACCACUACUGUAUCACCAAUCAAAUCAGAGC